AUGGCUUUUGAAGAAAAAGCAAAGCCCAUUGUCCCACAGCAACCCCAAGCUGCUGAAGAACUGGUGUCUUCAUUAAGUAAUGACUCCCACUUAAGCGCACCAUCUCAAAAAUAUUCCAAUGACGAAAUGAAGGCCGGCGAGAUUGAGCCUGAACUCUCUCACACUGCGCCAAUGGAGCUGCCAUUGAAGCCCAUGUCCGAAUACGUCACAGUUUCCCUACUGUGUCUAUGUGUCGCCUUUGGUGGCUUCAUGUUCGGUUGGGAUACCGGUACUAUUUCAGGGUUUGUUGCCCAGACAGACUUCUUGAGAAGAUUCGGUAUGAGACAUAAGGACGGUACCUACUACUUGUCUAAUGUCAGGAUUGGGUUAAUCGUCGCCAUUUUCAACAUCGGUUGUGCUUUCGGCGGUAUUAUUUUGUCCAAAUGUGGUGAUCUGUACGGCCGUAAGAAGGGUCUUUUCAUCGUCAUUAUCGUUUAUAUCAUUGGUAUUAUCAUCCAAAUCGCUUCGAUCGACAAGUGGUACCAGUAUUUCAUCGGGAGAAUUAUCUCUGGUCUAGGGGUCGGCGGCAUUGCUGUCCUGUGUCCUAUGCUGAUAUCCGAGAUUGCUCCAAAACACUUGAGAGGUACCCUGGUUUCCUGCUACCAAUUGAUGAUUACGGCCGGUAUCUUCCUAGGUUACUGUACCAAUUACGGUACCAAGAACUACUCGAACUCRGUGCAAUGGAGAGUUCCAUUGGGACUGUGUUUCGCCUGGUCUCUGUUUAUGAUUUUUGCGUUGACUUUAGUUCCUGAAUCUCCACGUUACCUGUGUGAAGUCAACAAAGUCGAGGAAGCCAAGCGUUCCAUUGCUAAGUCCAACAAGGUGUCUGCCGAAGACCCAGCUGUUCAAGCUGAAUUAGACUUGAUUAUGGCCGGUGUUGAAGCUGAAAAAAUGGCCGGUAAUGCAUCAUGGAGUGAGCUGUUCUCCACCAGRACYAAGGUCUUCCAGCGUGUGCUGAUGGGUGUCCUUGUUCAAAUGUUCCAACAAUUAACUGGUAACAACUAUUUCUUCUACUACGGUACCAUUAUUUUCAAGUCAGUCGGUUUGAGYGAUUCGUUCCAAACAGCAAUUGUCAUUGGUAUCGUCAAUUUCGCCUCCACUUUCUUCAGUUUAUGGACUGUUGAGAAACUAGGGCGUCGUAACUGUCURUURCUGGGUGCCGCCUCUAUGAUGGCCUGUAUGGUUAUUUACGCCUCAGUUGGUGUGACCAGAUUAUAUCCAAACGGUAAGAGUCAACCAUCGUCAAAGGGUGCUGGUAAUUGUAUGAUUUGCUUCACAUCGUUCUAUCUUUUCUGUUAUGCCACCACCUGGGCCCCAGUUGCCUGGGUCAUUACUGCCGAGUCGUUCCCAUUGAGAGUGAAGUCCAAGUGUAUGGCUUUAGCCUCCGCUUCUAACUGGGUGUGGGGGUUCUUGAUUGCAUUCUUCACUCCRUUCAUCACAUCAGCCAUUAACUUCUACUAUGGUUACGUUUUCGUUGGCUGUUUGUGUGCCAUGUUCUUCUAUGUGUUUUUCUUUGUUCCAGAAACCAAAGGUUUAUCGUUAGAAGAAAUCCAAGAACUGUGGGAAGAAGGUGUUCUACCAUGGAAGUCUGCUGGAUGGGUUCCUUCAUCAAGAAGAGGUGCUGAUUACGAUUUAGGAGAUCUGCAACACGACGAAAAGCCAUGGUACAAAGCCAUGUUAUAA